CCCUCCUCCUCCACCGAGCUGGCUGCGAGCGAUCACCGAGAGCUCCCUCCCUCACUCCCACACAUAUAAAAUUUGCUCCACGCACACGCACACAGUCGCCACCCCACCCCCAAUCCGUGAAUUAAACUAGUGCCGCAAAAGCAGAGCGGAGGCCCCUCCAACUCCAAGCCACCACCGCCGCUUCUUCUUGGUUUUGCUGCUGCUGGUGCUGCGGCGGCUGGGUCUCUCUCCUUUUCUUUCCCUUCUUCUCCCGUCGCCGUACAAAAGCUGUGGAUAGGGAGUAGCUACCUGGGUAGGAGGGGUGGAGAGAUCGGGCGCAAAAAGUUGUUUGGCGCUGUGUUCGUCGGCUGGAAAGUUCUGUGUUUCUUUUUUUCUGUGUCUCGGGGUUCGCUGGAUUGCUUGGGGUUGAUUCGCUGGGGGUUUGUGUUGCUGGCUCCUGUGCGUGCGGCCAUGGCGGGGAGGCGGUGGUAGUGGUGCGUGCGUGAGCGGUGGUCUGUGAGGGAGGAGAAAAUUGGUGCUCGGGAAGGGGAGAGGAGGAAGUUGCCGGAUUGGGGAAGGUGAGAGAGAUACGGUGAGGUGAUGUAUGGCUCGCCGGUGUCCAAGGAUCUGAACCUGCCGGUGCAGCCGCCGAUGACUUCGUCCGGGCUGCUGCGCUACAGAUCGGCGCCGAGCACGCUGCUCGGCGAGGUCUGCGAGGACUUCCUCCAGCCGGGGCCGCGCGCCGGCAGCCCCGACGCUGGCGCCGCCGACGUCUUCUCCAGGUUCCUCGCUGACCACCAGAUCAGGGACAAGCCGCAUACCCACUUCCCGGACACGGCCGCCUUGGCCUCCCAGCAGCAGCAGCAACAGCAGAUGAUGUUCCACUCCCAGCAGCAGCAGCAGCAGAUGGCCGCCGUCGAGUCCGGGCUGUACCGCACCGUGAGCUCCGGCAUGGAGGCCCCCACCGCCGGCGCCGGCGCCGGCGGCAGCAGCCUGAUCCGGCAGAGCAGCUCCCCCGCCGGGUUCCUCAAUCAUUUGAACAUGGACAACGGGUACGGGGGCAUGCUGAGGGCCGGCAUGGGCGUCGGCUUCAGGAACGGCGCCAGCGCGGCCGCCGCGGCCGACUCCACCGCCGGCGGCAGGCUCAAGGGCCAGCUCAGCUUCUCGUCGCGGCAGGGCUCCCUGAUGUCGCAGAUCUCGGAGAUGGGCAGCGAGGAGCUCGGCGGCAGCAGCCCCGAGGGCGCCGGCGGCGGCCGGGGCUACAUCCCCGGGUACCCGAUGAGCUCCGGGUGGGAGGACUCGUCGUCACUCAUGUCCGAGAGCCUGUCCGGGAUGAAACGCCCGCGGGACUCGUCGGAACCCGGCCAGAGCGGCCUGACGCAGCAGUUCAGCCUGCCCAAGACGUCGUCGGAGAUGGCGGCCAUCGAGAAGUUCCUCCAGUUCCAGGACGCCGUGCCCUGCAAGAUCCGCGCCAAGCGCGGGUGCGCCACGCACCCGCGCAGCAUCGCCGAGCGGGUGAGGAGGACAAAGAUCAGCGAGCGAAUCAGGAAGCUCCAGGAGCUCGUGCCCAACAUGGACAAGCAAACCAACACCUCAGACAUGCUGGAUUUGGCCGUCGACUACAUCAAGGAUCUCCAGAAGCAGGUCAAGGUGCUGAACGAGAGCCGCGCCAACUGCACCUGCUCGGCGAGCAAGAACCCGCAGUACUCCGGCUGAAGCGCUCCAGGCAAGACACGCGGAGGCCUCAGGAAACAGCAUCAUUUAGAAUUUGUUGAGGGGGUUGUAAAACAAAAUUGUAGCUCUCAUUUCUCUGGGUUCGAGUAGAGGCAUGGAGUGAGCUUUUGAGCACCGGACCGGGGUCCGGAGCAGUGGCAUCAUCAAGUAUUCAAGCGAUGUGAGAUGGGAGGGGGGAGGCAUGGGAGGGAGAAUUGUAUAGUACUUAGUUUUUGCUGUAACUUUUGCUAUAUACACCGUCCUGCACGCCCAUGUCCAUCGCAUUUCCGUAGAAGAUUGCUGCUGUGUUUGUACUGUUAGCAGCAGCAGCUGUAGGGUGUAGCACCACCAUUUUUAGACCAUGGCCAGACCAACCUCCUCUCAUCAUCACACAAAUAAAUGCUAAAUUGCAUUGGCGUUUUUUUCCCUUUGAAA